GCUGAUGAUUUGCUUACUUGAAGCAGGACUGAAUUUGGAGCGGGUACUGUGAAAUGUGUAAGCAUGAUGUUGCCUGGAUAAUCAGCGGAGGACUUUAGAAGACGGAGAGCUACAACCGACCGGAGGCGAGCAAAGAAGGGCGAGGCAGCCACACCUCAUGCGUGGGCUCGGCAAAGGCCCGAGUGGACACGGCUCUGACAAACAUGGGUGUUCUUCAGCUCAACAACCCCACUCACUCCAGCACGCUCCUGCAGCGAGCCAACCAGAUGCGCUUGACCGGCACCCUGUGUGACGUGAUCAUCACGGUGGACGGCCAGGAGUUCCCCGCGCACCGCACCGUCCUGGCCUGCACCAGCAAGAUGUUUGAGAUCCUUUUCCACCGCAGCAGUCUGCGCUACGCCCUGGACUUCCUCUCCCCGAAGACCUUCCAGCAGAUCCUCGAGUACGCCUACACCGCCUCGCUCCAGGCCACGGCGGAGGACCUGGACGACCUGCUGUACGCCGCCGAGAUCCUGGAGAUCGAGUACCUGGAGGAGCAGUGCCUGAAGGUGCUCGAGACCAUCCAGGCAGAGGAAAGCGAAGAGGCGGCGGUAAGGAAUCACGGCUCUGGAGAUCACGGCGAUCACAGCCGAGCCAGGCACUGGCGGCACAUGUUGAUGUCCAAGAAGCAUUCCCUGCAGGACGGAACAAAGUGCAGCACGCCCACUGCCCUCCACCACCUGGCCCUGUACCACAUGACGGAGAGGAGCUCUCCCGGACCGGAGUGCGACGCAGCUCCACAGCUGAGCCCCAAGCCGGACCCCGAGGUCGACAUGGAGGGCUCCCAGCGGGCUCGCAACGCGUCCCAGGACCCCUCCCUGGACCCCGGCAGAAGUAUCAAAUCAGAGCGCAUGCAGGUGGACGGCCCUGACGGCUGCGAGGGCAGAUCGUCCGGCGCGGGCGAGGCAACGGGCACGUCCGAGCAGCCGAGGGACGAAGGCCCGGGGACGCCCCUCCGAGGCAGCGUGAUCACCAGCGCCCGAGAGCUAAACACGGGCCCUGAAGACGGAGGGCAAGCGGCGACAAACACCCUGGACAGUUUUCCCGGGAUCGCCGAGAAAGACCUGGCCUCCCUUUACUCCGUGGCGUCCAACCACACAAGAGAAGGCCUGCCGGUGUCCGUGUCGGUGGCCCCGUCUCUGGGCGUGCCGCUGGAUCCGAGGGCCUACAGCGGCCUGCUGCACCACGGCCUGCUGCACAGGGAGCUCCUGAGCAGGCUGGGUCAGUUCGCGGCAGGGAUGAGGCACGAGGGCCAGACCCAGGGCCAGCAGUGCUGUAGCGAGUGUGGCCUCCAGCUGCACAGCAGACAAGCUGCGGAACAGCACAGGAGGCUUCAUAAUGAGGAGAAGGGCAACAGCUGUGAAUACUGUGGCAAACACUUCCAGGACAGCAUGCGGCUCAGGAUGCACAUGCUGUCUCACUCAGCUCCUGCAGAAGCGCUGGUGUGCGAUCAGUGUGGAGCCACGUUCUCCUCAGAGGAUGCUCUGGAGGCCCACAGGCAAACGCACACAGGGACUGACAUGGCGGUGUUCUGUCUGCUGUGUGCAAAGCGCUUCCAGACCCAGAAGGCCCUGCAGCAGCACAUGGAGGUCCACGCAGGAAUGCACAGCUACAUCUGCAGCCACUGCGAGCGCCCCUUCCCUAGCCACACCACCCUCAAAAGACACUUGCGCUCCCACACCGGCGAUCACCCGUUUGAGUGUGAAUUCUGCGGGAGCUGCUUCAGAGACGACGGCACGCUGAGGGGCCACAAACGCAUCCACAGCGGGGAAAAGCCCUACGAGUGCAACGGCUGCGGCAAGAGGUUCAGUCUGAAGCACCAGCUGGAGACGCAUUACAGGGUUCACACAGGUGAGAAGCCAUUUGAGUGUAAGCUGUGCCACCAGCGCUCAAGAGACUACUCGGCCAUGAUCAAGCACCUGCGUACGCACAACGGAGCUUCUCCGUACCAGUGCACCAUCUGCCAGGACUUCUGCCCGAGCCUGGCUGCCAUGCAGAAGCACAUGAAGGGCCACAAACCCGAGGACGUGCCGCCCGACUGGAGGAUAGAAAAGACUUACCUGUAUGUCUGUUACGUCUGAGCAGGACUUGGACCUGCAGGCACUGUCUGACACACACACACACACACACACACACAUAUACUGUCACUAGUGGGUGAAAACUUCUGCUGCUGGUUUUAAUGCUGAAUGAUUAAAAGUAUUUUACCGUUUUUGGAAAAAGUUCCCUUGGAGAAACAAAGUUGCUUUUUUUUUUUGUUUUUUUUUAGCUGACAACAAGACGUGCAAGCAGGAAUACAGAAGUGUUUACAGAGUAAAGCUGCAGCUAAUGAUUACUUAUUAGCAGUCAAAUUAUUCAAGAAGACUGCAGUAAGGUAGAGACAACUUGGCAAUGACAUGCUAAACUACAUAAUUGGGCCGGUCUGACAAAACAUUCAAAUCCAAAGAGAUUUACUUUGCCUUUCUGUAAAUCUCCAAUUCUGAUAUCUUGAGGAGAUUGGAGUUGAUUUCUCCCGGGUAAAAAGUUUGAUUAUAAAAGCUGCUGACAGAUUCCUGAUGAUUUAGCUGUCUGAGUCCUCGUGUGCACGCAUACACGCGGACUUCCCCUCUCGCACGGAGGUUAGAUAACAUUAUCUCUAAAGGAUCCAUUGUGGUGAAAAAUCAAUGCCACAGUGACUUUGACUGCUGACCUGCAUGUGCAAAAGCAGCAUUCGCGCGACUGCUGCACCACGCUACAGAUGAGUUGUGUCAUCUUCAGCUGUGCCGCAGAUGUUAAAAAUAAAUCGUGAAAAGUUUGAUUGGCUGAACUUUGCAACUUCUGUCUCCUAAUUUCCUCUGAUUUAGCCUUGUUGUUUUUUUGUUUUUUUUCCCCUGCUGGUGGAUUUUCGGUUUGGAGUUGCUUUUUUCUGCAUGUUUUUACUUGAAUGGCAGACCUCAUGAGUCUGAACUCUUUAAUUGCCUUGUCUUCUCAUGCAGUCGGUGUGUCAUUGGAGGCAUCUCGCGCUCAAAUUUGAGUUGCUUCUGUGAAAGAUUUUGCUAUUUAUAUGUUGUUUAUCUGUUACCAAAUAUGUGUGCUGGUUGCAUCACAUGCUCUGUUUCUGUAGGGAUGUUUCCUUGUAGAGCAAGCUCUACCUCCUCGCUUACUAGAGAUGCACCGAGAAACCAACCGCUGACCGGCAUUGGUCAAAUUUCUCUUUGAUUUGCCGGUGGCUGCCCAGAAGGAAACAUCAAAAAGUGUUUUUUUUUUUUUUUUGGGUGUUGUAUGUUUUGUUUUUUUGCUAUCCUUAAAUCUAUGAUAUCUUCACAAUUAACGGGUCACUGUAACAGCACCAAUCUUCACUGUGGAUGCCGUUACUGAGGGAAGAAGUUUCCAAGUUAGCUAUUUUUUCAACAGUAAUGAAGUGUUUAAAAAUAGAAUCAGGGGAUUUAGAGAUUUUAGAAGCUAUUAAAUUAAAAAAAAAGUUUUUGGAUAACUUGCCAAGACAUGUAUUAUUAAUUCAGGCUGCAAAUGAGAGAGAGCAAUACUUGAAACAGAUAAUAGGAAGGCUGAACAAAGAACAGUAAAUCUUUUUUUUCUUCUUUUUGCCUUCAGCAUUUACCACAACUUGCAAUAUGUCACCUAGUGGGCUAUGACUCUUUAAACAUACCUUUUAAGCUAUUAACCGUUUUUUUUUUUUAUGCUUUCACAAACAUCAACAUUUCCUGUCAACCUCAGCUGUACAUUUUGGAAAUAUUCUAAGUUGGAAACUUUUCAUGAUAUUAAUUGGAGUUUAAGGGCAAUAAACUUAAACAGGGGUAAUAUAAAUAGACCGUCAUAUCCAAAGAUAAAUGCAAAUAUUUUGUUUUGUCAAAAAUAGGCAUCCAUGUCCUACUUGUAAAUUUUGCACAUUUCCUAAAAUCCCCCCACUCAGUUACAAAAGUUUAAUUUAGUUUUUUUUUUUAUGUUUUGAUAAUGGUGUUUUAACUAAUAACUAAUUGUUAUGUUUUCUCAUUUUUAUAUUGCAACUUUGCCCUCACUGCACAGUCUCCGAUUUGUAUUUCUUUGUUUUAUAUUUUUACCUUUGUGUGUAUCUACAUACUUCCAUUUAUAUUUCAAUUUGCUGCUGGGACACAUGUAUUUCCCACAGUGACGGACACUAAAGGUCAUUUCUAUUCCAGGUUAAAACACUAAUACCAUACAUCAAACAUAUUUACCUGCGAAUAUCACGAAAACCUGUAUGCAGAUCACACUUAAAUUUAUAUUUUCAAUAAUCUUGGAAACUAGGCCCAAAUGUGGCCUCUUUAGUCUAGGAUUGAGGAAAUCAUCUGUGCAUGUGAUGGCUUUAGUUUUCCUGUAGUGAGCCGUGUGCUGUAUGGACAGAAUUGGUGACUAGCAUAGAUAUACUUUCAUAUACUUGCACAGAAACUAUUUUUUUUUUUUCUGUCAAGAUAAUGCUAAAGUAUAUUGCCCCCCUAGUACAUAUAAAAUCCCUGUCAAAGGUCAACCUACAAUGUUUUGAAUUUUAGAAAUAUUCAUGUUCGCUCCCAUUCAGUGUUAUGGAAAGUUUCCAACAAAAACUAUUCCCAGAAUUUUUGCAAACAUACACAUAGUUGGAUGUCACCUCUGCUCCUAAUAUCUACAAAAAUAUGUAUGAUGUUGACAUGAAAGUCUAAAAAAUUUAUGAAGAUACCAUUUUUAAUUUCCUCUUUAAGAUAAAUUGGAAUCAGGAGGUCAAAGCGUCACCAAAACCCACAGGUCAGAUAUUGGUCACAUAAUUCCAAUUGGUGCAUCUCUACCCCUUACCUUUCACCAUUAGUUUUGGUUUCACUUCAGCAAAUUAUUAGAUUUUUCCUCAAGAUUCAUUUGAAAAAUCUAAUUUACAUGAUAAAAAAAAAAUGGAAAAGCCUCUGCAAGGCUUUUAAGUGUAGUUUUUUUUUAAAUCAUUGCUUCUAUAUAGAUGUCUUAUAAAAAUCACAGAAUCAGAAUUUUCUACAAGAAAAUAAAAAAAAAACCAUGAAAAGAAGUCGUGUUUUUAUAAAAUAUGGAACAGAAAAUUCUGACAUUCAACUCCUAUGAGCAGGUUAUUGUUGGUCGUAGUGUAGCUGUAACGUACUGUCAUGGUAUGUGAUUCCCUUAUGUGAGCCUAACACGGGCCUUAUAGAUUUUAACAUGUUGUAUUUUUGUAUUACGGUAAUUUGCUAUUUGUUUACAUUCGGUAUGAUUUAAAGAGACAUCUUAAUGUUUGUGUGUUUUUUGUAUGAGUUGAUUAAGACCCCUCCCUCGUGCCUCUUUUUAUAAGUAGAGCAUUGAUGUGCUUGAGUACAUGGGUCUGUGCUGUCGGUAGGUGUUUUCUGGGUGUUUGUUUAUUGUUACUAAACUAAAGAUAGACUGCCAUGUAGAUCCAUUUUGUCCGAACAUUGCAAAUGGAAGCAACAUACUGUGAUAGUGGCUGAUAAUCUGAUGCAAGUUCUGAGCAACUUUUUAUGUCCAAAAAAAAAAAAAAAAUGUAACGAAGAAAAAAAAAAUAAAAUGGCGCGCUUGUCUCAAACCGUUCCCUUCAGAGUGACAAUGGACUGACAUCUCUGGACGAUAAGCGAAUCUUGGCAUCUGUGGGCAUUACUAAUGCCUUCCUAAGUAGCCAACAACACUCAGUGCCAUGAAAACCCACAGUCACUGUAUCUAUUCUACAUGAACAUGCACUAUAAAUGGAUUUCCUCGGUGGACCAAAAGAAAUAGAGCACUUUUGUUUGAAAAGUUUUUUUUUUUGUUUUUUCUUUUCUUUGAUCUUUGUAUGUUGUGAUAAUGCAGCUGUCUUUUAUUUGAUGUGUCCUAGAAGGAUGUGAUUAGCAUUGUUUAGAUUAUGUCACUGUCUGUCUACCUCAGGACCAGAUCAAAGCUUGAGCUGGUAUCCAAUCAGGGUUGUUCUUCUUGCCAUGUGUGCAGUAAAAAAAAAAAAAAGAAAAAAAAAGAAAAGAAAAAGAAAAAAAAGAAAGAAAGAAAGAAAAAGAAAAGCAGAAAAGAAAAAUCCCUCUUCAUUACAGCUUUGUAACACAGUGUGUGCAAAUGUUUUCUCAGUGUGGAUUCAGGCACAACUCUGUAUGUGUCAAUGUUCAGUGGCAUGGUUUAAAAAAAGAAUAAAACGAUUUACUAUUUUAUGCA